ACACAAACGCGAGGCAGUGGAACGAUAGCUAUCCUCAUAUAUUCCUUCUCUCUCUCUCUCUCUCUCUUUGCCUCCAGACAACAAUGGAAUCAAGCAUGCCUGAAAACGAGAUAGACCAUGAAUUCCUUCCAUACCUUCGGGUAUACAAAGGCGGAUGUGUAGAAAGGUUUGUACCAGACGAUGUUAUCCCUGCCUCCGUCGACCCCUCAACUGGUGUUUCAUCCAAAGACGUCGUAUUAUCAACAGACUCCGGCGUCUCAGUCCGUCUCUACCUACCCCCAAGCCUCACCAACAUCAACCACAAGCUUCCCCUCCUCAUCUACUUCCACGGCGGAGCUUUCCUCGUUGCCUCUCCCUUCAUUUCCAAAUACCACCACCUCUUGAACUCCUUAGUCGCUGAGGCUAACGUUAUCGCCGUCUCUGUAGACUAUAGACGUGCCCCAGAGCAUCCCAUCCCUGUAUGUUACGACGAUUCUUGGGCUGCCCUUCAAUGGGCUCUUUCCCAUUCUUCGGGUCAGAAGGAUGAGGAUCAGACCGAACCGUGGCUCAAAAACCACGCCGACUUCGACCGGGUUUUCUUGGCUGGGGAUAGUUCUGGUGCUAAUAUUGCCCACAACUUGGCUAUGAGAGUGAGGGCCGAGCUGGGUGUGGAGCUUCUUGGGCUUGCUCUGGUCCACCCUUACUUCUGGGGGUCAGAACCCAUAGGGUCCGAGGCUACAGUGCCCAGUAAAAAGUCGUUUGUGGAUCGGAUCUGGCCUUACGUGUGCCCAUCGAACCCGGAUAAUGAUGACCCCAGGAUCAACCCGAUGGCAGCUGAUGGUCCGACCUUGGUGGGGCUUGGGUGCACCCGUGUGCUUGUGUUUGUUGCAGGGAAGGAUGUAUUGAGAGAUAGAGGGUGGCUUUACUAUGAAACAUUGGCCAAGAGCGGGUGGAGUGGAGUUGUGGAGAUUACAGAGACAGAAGAGGAGGACCAUGUCUUCCAUAUCUACAGACCCGAAUCCGAGAAAGCUAGGGACUUGGUUACAGGCUUGGCCCAAUUCUUGAAUCUGGAAAGGCCUACCUUACCUUGAUGAUAAGUUUAAUUAAACUCCAAAUGGGUUGUCUAUCACUAGUAAGUUGGAUAUGCAUUCAUGCAUAAGUUAGUACUCUCCUUUCCUUCUCUAUGUUUAUUUAAUUUGGAGUAAAAUAAUCACCCACAGCUGAGAACCCUUUUCUAAAGGAUAGGCAGAUGGGCAUUCAGCAA